AUAAUUCCACCAGGAGGAAACACGUCAUUCGAUGUCGUGUUUCUCGCUCGAGUAGUUGGGAAUGUAGAAAACACUUUAUUUAUUAAUACAUCACAUCAUGGAGUGUUUACAUACCAGGUUUUUGGGGUCGGUAUACCGAACCCUUACAGACUUCGGCCCUUCAUCGGGGCUCGAGUCCCAGUAAACAGCAGCUUCUCACCUCUAAUAAACAUCCACAACCCGUACAGCGAACCGCUGCAGGUUGUUGAGAUGUACUCCAGUGGUGGGGAUCUUCAUCUCGAGCUUCCCACAGGUCAACAAGGAGGCACUGGAAAAUUAUGGGAGAUUCCUCCUUUUGAGACAAAGGGGGUGAUGAGAGCCAGCUUCUCGUCGAGAGAUGUCGACAACCACACGGCUUUCAUCAGAAUCAAAACCAACGCCCCCAACGAGGACCAGUUCAUCAUCCUCCCAGUAGAGGUGGAAGUCACAUCAGCCCCUGGUAUAUACUCCUCCACAGAGAUGCUUGACUUUGGUACGCUGCGGUCACAAGAUCGUCCAAAACUGCUCAACCUACACCUUUUAAAUUCAGGAACAAAAGAUGUUCCAAUUACUAGUGUACGUACAACUCCAUCAAAUGAAGCAGUCACAGUAGAUUUCAAAGCGGUCACUCUGAAAGCUGGAGAGAGCAGAUAUACCAAAGUUGCAAGUAUUAGUUUUGACG